CUUCUUGAAAAAUAGUUCAAAGUUUUCAGUUUUUUAUUUGAUCUUUUACAAAUACAAGCUAGGCACACAUCAAUAAGAAAGUAAAGCUAUUCAUAUCUCUUACUGGGGAAUGGGGAGUGAGAUGAUUGAGAGCGUGCCAGACAGUGAGGAUGAAAAUGAGGACUGGUCAUCAGCAGCUUGGGAACACAACCCUGAACGAGCAGAAGGUACAAACCUGGUAGGGUCUUGCCUCCCCCAUGAUGUACCCUUUAAGGAAGGAUCAAGGGUCUCUGAUGAUGCUAAACUACAAAACCAGGUACAAGAAAGUAAAAGUGUCAAACAAGAGAAGUCAGUGUUAUUAUCUGGCAUGCAGUUGAAUGAUAACAAAGCUGGUAUGACUGGACUGGAUAAGGAGAAGAUAAACAGAAUUAUCAUGGAAGCUUCAAAAGGCUCGUCAUUCUAUGAGAAUGAACAGAAGAAGGAGAAGCAGAUGGAAGUGAGAUUGGAGGAACAGAAGAGGAAACUUGCUGCAAUUCCUGCACAUAAAAUCCUAGAAGGAGAGAAACAGGCUGACAGACUUCUGUGUGAGCUGGAGUCAACUAGAGAUAUGAGUCAUACCAUUGUACAUGUUGACAUGGAUGCAUUCUACGCUGCUGUGGAGAUGAGGGAUGAUCCAACACUCAGGGAUGUCCCCAUGGCUGUAGGGGGACUAGGAAUGCUGUCAACAUCAAACUACCAUGCUAGGAAGUUUGGAGUGAGAGCCGCAAUGCCUGGGUUUAUUGGCAAAAAGUUAUGUCCUGAUCUAGUCAUAGUGCCUACUCACUUUGACAAGUACACUGAAGUGAGCAAGCAGAUCAGGUCUAUCAUUGCAGAAUAUGAUCCUGGAUUUGCACCUAUGAGUCUAGAUGAGGCCUAUUUAGAUAUAACAGAACAUUUAAACAAGCGGCAACACUUCAGCAUCGAGGAGAGAACUUUCUAUAAACGCCCUGAUGAUACAAAGUUCUGCGUGUGUAAUAUGAAUUGUUCAAAGUACCAUUGGAUGAAGAGAAAGGAAAAUGAAGAGAUGGUUGGUGCAACACCAGUUGUUGAAGCUAUGGAUGAACAAAAAGAAACAAGAAAUAAAGUACAGGAAUCCUUGGAAGAUACACAUGAUGUGCAAGCACCAGAAUUGAACUGUUCCCCAAAUUUAUUUGAAUCCCCAGAAGAAUCUGUCAAUGAACAUAGUUAUAUUUUAAAUGAGACUCAAACUAAAGGUGAUAAUCCCCUGGAAAACGAAACAUGUGAAAACAUUUGUGAAGCUAGCAUAGAUAACUUGUGCCCAGUGUGUGGUAAAGCCUUGCCUGUAUUGAGUGACCUGGCACCAGAGCUGUUUGGAUUGACAGCUGAGGAGGCUACCAGAGAGAUGAGGUUCCGUAUAGAGCACCUCACCAAGCUAACAGCCAGUGCAGGAAUUGCAUGUAACACAAUGCUUGCAAAGGUGUGUAGUGACAGGAAUAAGCCAAAUGGGCAGUAUAUCAUUCCUCCAAGGAAAGAAGAUGUACUUCAGUUCAUCGAUCAGUUACCAAUCAGGAAGAUAAGUGGAAUUGGUAAGGUGACAGAAAGAAUGUUAGCUGCUUUAGAAGUUGUCAAAUGUUCUGACUUGUUCACAAAAAGAGGAGUCUUGUAUCAAUUAUUCUCUGAGAUUUCCUUCCAACAUUUCAUGAGAAUCACUCUUGGUAUUGGGUCUACUGUUGUAGAAAGCGGAGGAAAGCGCAAGAGCAUGAGUGUGGAAAGGACAUUUUCUGAGAUGAGCAAUGUGGAGGAGCAAUAUAAAAAGUGUCAGCAGCUUUGUGAAGCACUCUCAGAAGAUCUUGCGGAAGAAGGAAUCAAGGGUAAGACCAUCACACUAAAGAUCAAAACAGUGAAGUUUGAAGUCAGAACCAGGGCCCAGUCUGUCCUCAACUAUACCUCCAAUAAAGAUCAGAUCUACAAAGUGGCACGGGACUUGUUGAGACACGAGAUGGUCACAUGUGAUCCUGAGCCACUAAGACUUCGCUUGAUGGGUGUCAGAAUGUCCAAUUUUCAAGACUCAACAAAACUGAAGGGUGAGACUCAAGCAACAAUUUUAGGAUUUGUAACAAGAUCAAAGCAGAAUACUUCUGACAAUGAAACUUCUGUUAAACAUCAGUUGAGAUCAUAUGAUGGGAAAAGAGAAAACAGUGUGACUGAUAUUGAGGCUGAGGAGACUGUUGAAAACAUUAAACAUUUGCCAAAGCACCAGUCUCUUGGGUUCCCCAAUGCAAGCAAAAUUGAAGAUGGGCCCCCCAAAGCCACUAUCAAAGGAGCUGAUUGUGCAGUGUGCGAUAAUAGUGUAACUGUAAAUCAGGAAAUACCUGCUGGACAGGUAGUGAAUGGUAAUAUGAAUGUAGGGGAAUCCCUGAUCAAGGCUCAGCCUAAACUUCCUUACCUAAUGGAGUUUGAAGGUUCUGGUAAACCAGGAACAAGUUCAGAUUAUUGUCAAAAAACAUUGAACAUUGAACCCAACCCCAGUCCGAGACUGGCACCAUAUACAUGCCCAGUAUGUAGUAAUGUGUUCACAAUGAACCUGAAUAGGUUUAAUCGACAUGUUGAUGAAUGUCUUGCUAAUUUUAAUGGCAACACCAUGCAAAAUGGGACCAGUUCUUGUGAUGUUAUUGAUGAUGAGGAAUCUAAAGUUAUGGAUGAAAAAGUUGAUAGUGCUGAAGUUGAAAAACCAAUCAUGAGUUUGGUUGAAACAAAUAGGCCAUUAAAGGGGAAAACUAGUAAUAUGAUUGAUGCAGCAAAACAUCUAGGAACUGUUUUAAAACCUGACAAGGAGCACCAGAAACAAAGUCUUUCAAAACAUUUAGAAACAGCUCCUAUGCAAGAUUUUUGCAAGACUCACUCUAAGCCAAACAAAGAAGCCCAGAAUGCAAAGAAGGACUUUUUAAAUAAUGUUUCCAGUGAUGCCAAACCGAUUGCAAAUAUCAAUAGCCUGCUUAUAUGUCCAAUAUGUAACACUAACCAAGCUGGACUAGAUUUAGAUGCAUUCAAUGGCCAUGUAGACGCAUGUCUUAGCAAAGCUACUAUCAAAGAUAUUUUGAAUGAGCAGAAAAAUGUUCAGAGUAAAAAGCGGUCUUUUGGUGAAUCUUCAAAACUGUCUAAAGGACCUAGUACAAAAAGAAAGAGGUUCAGAUUGUCUUUGUUGUGCAUGUUUUGUUGUGCACAAUUACUUUUUAUAAAUGGAAAAAUUGUCGAAAUUGAAAACGGAAAAAUCAAAGGGCGUGAGACAAAUAUAGGUCCGUGGCAUAAAAACAAAACUGUGGACGCUUUUCUUGGGGUACCAUUUGCUCAGCCACCAGUAGGACCUCUGAGGUUUAAGAACCCAGAGCCUGUUAAGAAAUGGUCACAAGAAGUAUACGACGCUACUUAUUAUAGGCCAUCAUGCCCCACCAAUAUAUUUGGCGUGCUGAGUAUGUGGGUAUCAGUACCUGGGUACGACAAGUUUGAUGAAGAUUGCCUCUACUUGAACAUAUAUGCCCCAAAUGUGACCGACGGUAGAUUGUACCCAGUAAUGGUAUGGAUACAUGGUGGAGGGUACGCCAAUGGAGGGACCAUCAAAUACCCUGGCCACUACUACGCAGAUAAAGAAGUUGUUAUGGUGACAAUGUCCUACAGACUUGGUGUUUUAGGAUUUCUUUCAACACUUGAUGAUUCUGCAAGGGGUAAUUUUGGUAUGUACGAUCAACUAGCUGCACUCAAAUUCGUUCAAAAGAAUAUCCGGGCAUUUGGAGGAGACCCGGAUCAAGUAACCUUAUUUGGGCAAAGUGCUGGGGCGUCAGCCGUUGGACUGCACAUGCUGUCACCAAAAUCUGAAGGCUAUUUCCAAAAGUCCAUUGCAAUGAGCGGGUCAGACUUAUGUGGAUGGGGCUACAAUGAUCCUGAAGUUGAUGAUGUGUUGAGAUAUGCAACACAGCUUGCUGAGCUACAAAACUGCACGACAGAGACUACUCAGGCCAUGGUGGAGUGCUUGCGUGGCGUGGAUUUUGAAAGCCUCAUUGCAGACGCUGGAAGCGUCAGUCCGAAGAGUGGUGACCCUGCUGUUCUGUUUCCAUGGGUCCCAGUCGUGGAUGGAGAAGGAGGCUUCCUCCCAGACACCCCAAAACGUCUCAGGGAAAGAGGACAAUUUAAGAAGAUCCCUACGAUGGCAGGCGUUACCUCACACGAAUCGUCAAUUUUAUUGGCACCGCUCCUUCCAUUCGGCGCAGACAUCAAUGACACAAAGACGGUAGCAAGACUUGCUGCUGAUCUGUUUGGCAGAAACAAAGAGAGGUCCUACGAUGCUAUGAUGAUGGAAUAUACUAACUGGGAAAACAUUGAGGAUAAGAGACAAAGCAGACAGUUGCUUGUAGAGUUGAUUGAUGAUGCUGGUAUCGGUGCCUGGACGGAUUUGUAUGCAAAAUACCAAUCAGACUUCAACAACACGUUCUUUUACGUAUUUAGUUAUACCCCUGACUACAGUAUCCUUCCUGUUUGGAUGGGGGCUUUCCAUGCAAUGGACCUGUUUCCACUAUUCGGCUACUGUUUCAUUAAUGAUGCCCAAGAUGUUGCUAACGAGACAGAGCUGUUCAACAUAUUCGACUACUCCGAGGAAGAUAAACAAUUCAGUGAUAUGAUCAUAGGAUACUGGACUAACUUCGCAAAAUAUGGCGAUCCAAAUGGCAAUUCUCCACAAAAUAUUUGGAAACCAUUUACAAGAAAGGAGAGAAACUAUUUAAACAUUGGGAACAUUCCCGAUAUCAAGUUAGAGAAAAAUUACCACCAGCACCGGUAUGCCUUCUGGACGGACUAUAUCCAUAAGGUGGAUGCACUUCCGUUCAAACCCACAAUUUAUCCAUCUUCAACUACAACGUCCAUGGAAAGCCCAGAUACGCCUGACGUUAUGAACACUAAAGCUCCCUCUAUUGAUAAUGUUCAAAUGCAAGAACAAGUCAAAGAAAAUGAGGAGAGAAUAAAAACACUGAAUGCCGAGUAUUCGAGAUAUAGGACUCUCACAAUAGCUCUGGGAUGUGUGGCUGGUGCACUGGUACUGGUCUCUGUAAUAUUAGCAAUCUCUGUAAAAAACGCUAGGUCUCAAUUGAGGGGAAAAUCAGAAUCAACGUAUGACAUGAAUCAUUAAUAGUGAUUUUACAAGAUUACUCUUACUUUACGGUAUGCACAUAACAGUCGGAUAUAAUUAAGGAUUUAAGCCCUGGACCCAGUGCAAUGUGGAUUGAAUCAUUCUUUAAGAAGGUGUUGCUUCAACCUUUGCAUGAGAUGGGCAGCAUCGAGUGUGAAGUUUAGGAAAUUACACCUGUGUGGAAUGAAUCAUCCACAAUGCAUCAAAUCUUAGUCUUAAAUUCUUUUCACACAUUGCAAAAAGAUACGAAAUCACUAAAAGAACAUAUUUUCAGUGAAACGUUUUGCAAGGGUCAAGUUGGCAAAUCAUCAAUUUC